CCCAGCCAACGAAAUGUGUUUCCUCAGGCAAUAUCGCCAAAGGUAGACAUGCCACAGUCUGAUUCUCCGACGUAUCUUCAUCCCCAGUCCUGGGAUCCAAUGAUGUGCGACGUACAAACAGAAAGCCUUUCUACUACGAUGGACGACUUGUUCUCCUUCCUAAACCCGCCUUCUGAAUCAGCCGGCCACGAUCUACUACAGGGUGUUCCUGACCAGCCUACGCCUUUAGGCAUCUCUCACCUUUACCCUCCAACACCGCGAGACUCUGCGCAACAAAGUUCCGGGGAAGAGCAGAGUCCUUUAGACCCUGAGUUUUUAUACGCUAAGAACCCACUGUUCGCGCUGUCGAGGCUGAAUCACUUCCUCGUCGAGUCUCAUUUACUUCUACAAACCCAAUCCUGUCCUCCUCCGUGGCGAAUAUCAAUGGUAGAUGUCAAUGAACGCACAGAAUUCGUUGAUAUUGUCAAAGUGUGGACCAAAUCAUCUAAGCAAUCGGACGAAUCCGAGAAAGAAAAAGACGAGGGGAGAUCCUUUGAUUUCUACAACAUUCCCCCCGCAAAAUACACCCUUGUCAAACCCACGAUCUUAAUGAUAAUAAGUACUUAUUUGUUAUUUGUGCGUAUGUUUGACGUUAUAUUCUCCCGUCUGAUCUUUGUCCUUCGAGAUUUUCCCAACGAAGCUGCCAAGGUCAGAUUUGAGCCUGGGUUUGAGAUGGGAGGAUUUCCCCUCCCUCAGGGGUACUUAUAUCUGAAGAUCAUUGUGCAAGCAUUUGAACACCAGAUUGAAUUUAUUGAAAGCUCGUUGGGUUUGCCGGCUGAAUACAGAGUUUCUGAGAUUAGCCACCUCACGGAAAGACAAGAGCAAGAUCAUUUCAGCGUUUUCAAUAAACCGAAAUAUCAGAUUUUACUAAAGGCCGCCAUGACGCAGGCCUUGGAAGAUGACGAUCAGGAAGAUGAAAAUGCAAACGAGAUCCUUCGCUUACGCGAGAAACUAUCCAGAAUCAAGGAGCUUUUGCAGAGAUCAUGAAUGGAGCCGGACAUGGUAUCUUUGGUACAUUGUCUCUAAAUUUCUUUACAGUGAAAGUACAGAAGACAAUGAAGUCACACUCGGGCAAUUCAUAAACAAGAA